AUGCACAUAAAUAUGAUUUAUUCAAAAGAAAUUAAAAAUAAUAUGGGAGUUAAAUUUGAGAGUGGUGAACUAGAAGUAAAAAAUGAAAUAAAUGAGGCUAAAUUUGUGUAUAUAAUAUUGAUGGCUAAAUUUGAUGGAUUUGUGGGAAUUAAUCUUUCUUUUACCACGAGAUCUCCACUCUGCAGCUAUUAAGCAAAAGCAAAUAUGAAUAUAUAAGAUAGUGUGAUAUUAUAAAACAAAAAUAGGGGAAUGUUAUUUCAGAUAUGGGCCAAAAGCUGUGGCGGGCCCCAUUGGGCCAAUGUGGGUGGAGUUGGAGUAUCUCCCAGAAGCAUUUGAGACCACCACUCCAGCUGAGCUGUCAGUUGUCUUUCUGCUUCUGCCCUUCCUCUCUUCUCUCAUUUUGCUUCUUUUCAGCUGGCUUCUCUCGAUCUUCUCUUCCCGCUUUCUCCAUAGCUCUACUUGCAGCGGCAGCGGGAAGGAAGCUCCCCUGUCCUCGGCUCAUGGUCCCGCCGGCGCCGCACAAGCCCCUGGCUGUGUUGGAUCCUCGCAAUUCGGUCGACUCCUGUGCCUUCCACCUCCACUCAUGGCGUCCCUUCCUUCCUUCACCUACUCCUCCAGAUCCCGAUCCUUGCUCUUCCCUCGCCAAGCGUCCCUGCCUCUCCGAUCGCGCCACCUCCUUCUCCAUCGAUUCCAUCGACCUCUCCCGCCUCUCCUUACUCGACGACACCGUCAGCCCCUACCGCCGCACCGGGCCGCUCGGUCUCCUCGGCCCGCGGAAGCGCCGGCGCAGGCGCGGCGCCUCUCGCUCCGUCUCCGGCCGCAGCUCCGAUCGCAGCGCCAAUCGACGGUGCUGUUCGAUCGGAGCCUCGGCGGCGCACGGCACCUGCUCCGAUUUCCCCGUCGCCAUCGGGACGGACUCCAGCGGCGAGCUGUUCGGGAACGGAGGGGAUCCGAAUUGGGCAUCGGAUGUCAGUGAGGCGGCCAGGAACUCGUCCAAGGAGGAGAAGGAGUGUUUGGUGAGUGGUUGUGGGGCGCAAUUUGGGAAUUUGGAUGCACAUGUGGGAGCUGAUUCAGGGUAUGGGAGCGAGCCUGGGUAUAGAGGAGAUGCAGAGUUGGGUUAUGGCGAUGAAUUCGACGAAGAGGAGGAAGAUGCCCGGCCACUGUUUUGGGGCCGUCGCUCUGAAGAGGGUGCAGAAGAUACUAAAAUGGAGAUGGUUGGGGAGAACACAUUGUUCACCGACCAAAAGACCCAUUACAGGUGCCGUAGGAAGAAACACGAUUGCCGGAUGGUUGAUUCACUUAGAUGAUUACACAGAGCAGCUUCUCCCUGCAUUGCAGGAAAGGAGAGGUAAACAAUGGACUUAUGACUGGGUGCGCAAACCAAUUUUCUUUGGUGUCAAGUAGCUGAAUUUUGGGUGGCAUUGACACCUGCUUUUUCUGCUUGUUAUUGUAAAUAUUGUUGCUUCAUCACUCUUAGAUAGGGAACUUUAUACAUUGUUAAUUAAUAGUAUCUACUAAUUGUUUCGGGAUUAGUGGUCGUGGUAUCUAUGUACUGUGCUCUUGUACACAAAAAUCUGGUGUCAGCCAAAUUUUGAACAGAGAAGGUUCAUCUGUUGUAUCUCUGAGGUAAGAGUAGCCUUUAUUCUUUCCUUAGCUGCUGCCACAACCACAAGGAUGCAAAAUAGAAGAGAUAAGGGUUUGCUUGUCACAGCAGCAGUUCUCUCCUCCUGGCUCCUACCCAAGCAGAAUGGUCAAAGAAUAGAAGCUCCUGAAUAUUGGGCCUUGAGGCAGGUGACGAGGAGUGGGCUGUAAAAGCCCAUAAAGAAGAAAAAGAUUGUCCAGCCCAAGACAUACCCUUUCCAUCAUAGAUUCAUAGUCAUCUUCGACUUCCAUCUGCCCAUUUUCACAUCUCCAAACAACAUCAAUUAAUUUAAAACUGAUGUUCGAAGCAACAACAACGGCUGUAUAUGGAAAACUCACAAUCAACGGAGAAAACCAUUCAAGAACAUAGAGAAGUCAAAGGUACCUUGAAGUCUUUUUAGAACCUCUCCUGUUGAAGGAAAGAGGGACAGUUUGAGACCUUAGUUAAGUGUCUUAUAGAGAGACCUAAACUCUUGAUGAACUCCCUAGCCAAACCCACCAAUCAAGCUUAGUGCCAAAUAGAACUAUCAAUGAGAAUAUCCCGAUUCUUUAAGAAAUUGUCCACUAUUGUAAUGGAAGUCAAGAAAGAAGGGAGAUAUUUUUGCUCAAGAUUGACAUUGUCAAGGCAUACGGUCGACUUGACUGUGAUUUUUUGAAAGAAACUCUGUAAGUUGUGGGAAUCCCUACGGAUGAAGUUCGCUUAAUCAUGACUUGUGUCACCAUAACAGAGCUUCAAGACCUCUGGAAUGAAGGUGAUACAAAGAACUUCAAAUCAGGAAGAGGUCUCAGAUAGGGAUGUCCCAUUUCUCCAUAUCUCUUUUACCUUGUGCAUUGAACUCAUUGGCCAUUGUAUUUUUAGAGAAGUUAGGGAAGGUAUAUGAAAGCCUAUUAGACUUUCUAAAGGAGGACUUGAACUUUCUUACACCUCUUCUUUGCUGAUGACUUUGUUGUUUUUGCUGAAGCUAAUCCGAGGCAAGAAGAAAUUGUAAUGGAAUGGAUUGAGAAGUUCUGCCUUGACCCAGGAGAGCUUAUUAGCAAGGAGAAUUCUGUGGUCUUUUACUCUACGAAUGUCAGAAACCUGGAAAAAACUCUUAUAUGUAAUCGCCUUGGCAUCCAAACUACUUCUGACUUAGAAAAAUACCUAAGCGCCCUUGUUUUGCAUGGAAGGGUUACUAGGGAUAUACAUAAACAUAUACUAGAGAGAAUGGAUAGUACGAUAGAUGCUUGGAAAGCUAGAAACCUUUCCCUUGCUGGUAGAGCCACUCUAGUUAUUGUUGUGUUGAACUUCAUCCCUAACUAUGUUAUGCAAUCCUCUGUCUUACCUAUGUCAGUGUGAUGAAAUUCAUAGAAAGAUCAUAUAGGCUUUGUGUGGAGAGCUAAGGAUGGCAAACGGAAAGUGCACUUAAUUGAUUGGAUAUUAUUUGUAAACCCAAAGAUUAGGGGGUCUUGGACUUAGGAGUAUUCGUAGUUGAAUAUGGCUUACCUUGUAAGGUUGGCUUGGCAAAUCCUUAACAAUGAAAAGGCCCUUUGGGUGUAGUUAUUUCAAAGCAAAUACUUUAGGCAUAGGGAUGGUGCUUUAAACUCUAUAAAAACCAGUAGACACU